AUAAAAAACGGGUAUGUACAAUUACACGGGCACUCAGAGAUUUGCUUACGCGAAUACCUCUAAGUUCAACAGAUCCAAAUGAAUUUUACCUUUUUAGUUUUCACGGUUGCUUGUUUGAUAUUUCUCGUUCGGUGCAAUCGCUUGCCACAGCUUCUGUUUGAUGAGCAAUCAAAGCCUACUGACCACAGUGAAGAACCGGACGUUCAGUACGCCACAGUGAAGAAAAUUGACACGAGUGAUCUACGUCCGUUUCGUAAACGUCCUGCGAAUGUCGUUCAGUACCAGAUCAGCCUGGAUAACGAGACGUUUACAAUCACGUUACGUCCUAACAAAAACAUUUUCACUCCAGGAUGUCUUAUUCAUAACUAUUUACCAGGCGGUAAAGAAGACCUGUAUCCAUGCUCACGACAGAGCGUAGAUUGCUACUACAUUGGUCAUAGCGAUGUACACGACGAAUCUUGGGUAGCAGCUAAUGUUUGUAAUGGUCUGAAUGGGGUGAUAAGCUUUGGGAACACAAGCCUGUUUAUUGAACCUGUAGCUGUAAAUGAAACUGCAGAAGCCUACCAGGAUAAAGUUCAUGUUGUGUAUCGUUACCAAGGAAAUAAACAAAUUUGUCCUGUAGAAGCGGAAGAAUUCGAGAACGAGUUACAUGUUGCGUAUGGAAGACAGAAGCGUUCCGCUAAGACACGGUACAUCGAGACAAGACUGGUUGUCGAUCCAACCAUGUACCAUUUUCAUAGAACUCGUGAUAACGCCAUAGCUUACACAUUGAUGGCUUUCAAUAUUGCAAGCAAAUUGUACACCCACCCUAGCAUCGGAGCUGAGAUAUACUUGACGUUAUCUGAAUUGCACGUUAUCCAAACAUAUAAUGACUUUGCAUCAGAACUGACAGAAAAUGCCAACAAGACACUUCAGACAUUCUGUGAUUGGCAGUCCGGUCUACAGACUAAAAAAGCAGAUUGCAGCGUUCUAUUGACAAGGCUGGAUCUUGAGGAUGACUAUGGUAACAGUGGUAUAAAUGGUCUUGCACACUUUAAUAAAAUGUGUAACAAGAAUAUGAAGUGCGCGUUGGUAGAAGAUGAGGGUCCCAUAAUGGGAAUUACAUUGGCACACGAAAUUGGACACUUACUGGGUAUGACUCACGACAAAGAAACCGAUGAUGUUGGUAUAAUGUCUGCAGGUGGAUGGAGCGGUAACGAAGCGUUUACAUGGUCUAACCAAAGCGCCAUUGAGUUACAGCGGUCAUUUGUGUCUAGAAGGUUGACGUGUAUAAAGAACCGACCAAAUGGUCUUGUAGAAAACAGAAUGGAGUUUCCUUUGCCAGGGACGUUGUAUACGGCCGAUCAACAGUGCAAAAUGCGGAGUAACGAGAGUUAUGUAUUCUACAGAGCUGGUAACAACAAAUUCGACCCUUGCCGUAACAUUAUAUGUAGAUUUCAAGGCAACCAGGCUUUGCGGUUUUCUUCACCACUUCUGGACGGUACUGACUGCAACAAUACAAGAAUGUGGUGUAUACAGGGAAAGUGCCAGCCAAUAGACAAGGAACACGAGUCGGUUGCACCAGUCGAUGGCAGUUGGUCGGCUUGGGAGACUGAUUAUUCGGCCUGCAGUAGAUCCUGUGGUGGUGGGGUCCAAAUAAAGAGACGAUACUGCAACAACCCGCCUCCGCAGUAUGCAGGAAAGGACUGCCCCGGAUCUUCUACUAGAGGAAAGAUAUGCAACAUUCAGCCUUGUGAAUCAGACUACAGGGCUUUGCAGUGUUCCAGAUUUUCGAUAGGAAAAUAUUCGCCCUCGAUGAUACCAGCACUUGGAUCUCUAGGUGAUGCGAGCUGCAGUGAAAGGUGUCAGAAUGAUACAGCCAUUACGUAUGGACUUAAGAGUUACGCGGACGGAACUGAAUGUCUCUUAAACAAGGCUGUACCUUUCUCUCGCUGUGUGAAUGGAAAAUGUCAGGACUUUGGAUGUGACGGCUAUUCCAGUUCGGGACUAAAGUAUGAUGAAUGUGGAGUGUGCAACGGCAAAGGCACCACGUGCAAACAAAUAUCCGGAACUUACCAUGAAGAUUAUGCUCCACACAAGUAUACAAACGUGACGACAAUCCCAGCAGGCAGUUCUGGUAUCCGUUUACAGCAACAUAAUAAAUACUGCUUUCUCAGUAUGGUUGUUGAAGGCAAGAGAAUAUUGAAUGCAGGAAUGGAAAAAUCAAGGUCGGCACUCUUCAACUUAUAUGGCGUACAGUUGCGAUACAUUGAUAAUCCAGAGACGAUUGAAAUUGUAGGAAAAAUAACCAAAGAUGUUGAAAUACAGGUAUUUCGAUUUUAUGAUUACCACUCGUAUGCAAAUGUAACCCCUGAUGUCACCUAUACAUACCACAUUCCGAGUCCUCAAGCACACCAAUUAUAUGCCUGGGCUGAGAUACAAAAUACAAGUUGUUCACUUUCUUGUGGAACAGGUGUAACUACUAAGGAUAUAAAAUGUAUGAGUGUGAGCGGAGAUUUUGUUGAUGACUAUCAUUGUGACUUCAAAACAAGACCAAAGAAAACAUAUUCGCUGUGUAAUACACAGCCGUGUCCACCAAGUUGGAAGACAUCAGAAUGGGGCCAGUGUUCCGUUCCGUGCAGAAAUGGGACAAAGUCUCGAUCAGUUUCAUGUGUCAGCAUGACUAAUGGCGUUGAUAAGGUUGUUUCUUCUGCUUAUUGCAAUGAUUCACUAAAGCCCCAUCUUACCUCACGAUGCAUCAAUAUAUGUGGAUGGAGGAAGGGAAAUUGGUCAAAGUGCUCACAAUCAUGCGGAGAGGGCUAUCGGACACGUAGUGUAUCUUGUUUAAGGUAUAGCGGUAUUGAUACAGAAAUUGACAGUAAAUUUUGUGAUCAGCAUACUCGACCUCACGAUACAGAUAGAUGUCGAAAUGGUCCUUGUUAUGUGCUCGACGGAAACUGUGUGGAUAAAAGUCCUGCCUGUAAGAAGUACUACGACUAUGAGAAGACUGCCUGUGACGGAAACUACAGAACCUGGAUGAUGACCAACUGUUUACAAAUAUGUGGAGUAUGCGGCAACGGAUCGUGCGAGGAUGAGGAAACAUGUAAGAGAGUUGAUCCAGGAGUAGAUGCAUGCCAUAACCCGAAAUAUAAAAUAUGGAUGCAGACGCAUUGUCCUGAGUCAUGCAAUAUUUGUCGUGACUGUGUUGACUGCUCAAAAUACGAUGUAAAGUAUUGUAAAGACAACGCAUAUGAGAGAUUUAUGAGGAAAAACUGUCGUAAAACAUGCAAUUUCUGUCAAUACUGACGAAGUGCAGUUCGCAGGGUAACGUGUAUAAACAAAUUGUGACGGACAUAAACUUCGAAAACACAUACUGUGUAUUGCAUCUUUCAUUACUUUGGGGGUACAGGUCCGUUGAGUUUUGCCGUAGGAACCUGUAAAAGACAUGCUUGUUUGUUAGCACAUGUGUUGAUAAAAUAUACUGAAAUAAAAUAUAUAUCUAUU